AUGCAAGACCAUGAGGAACAUGAAGAUGGUCCUAUAGAUCAAUAUGGAUCCAAGGAGGAGGCGAUUGAUGAAUAUUUUCAAUCUCAACUGAAUCCUGAACAAAAUCCAUUAUCUGUUGGUUAUAUUUCUAUUAAAGAUUUUGCAUACGAUGUAACCAAUCCUUUGCAUUAUGGAUAUUUUGAAGACGCUGAAGAAAGAGCUGAUAAUGAACUAUAUAAUGAAGACGAACAUGACGAUGAUGACGAUGAUGAUAAUGAUGAUACUAAAAGACAGAGUAUUAUUCUUCCUACAAACUACAUUGUGAAUCAAAGAGCAGUGGCUCUUUAUGAUUUUGUUCCUGAAAAUGAUAGUGAACUUGGAUUGGAAGAAGGUGAUAUUGUCUUUAUUAGUUAUAAACAUGGCCAAGGUUGGUUGGUGGCCGAAAACCAGGGUAGAACGAAAACUGGAUUGGUUCCAGAAGAGUUCGUUUCAUUUUUAGAAGAUGAUGAAGAUUAUGAAGAUGAAGAUGAAGAUAAAGCACGUCCAUUUUACUUAACACAAUUCAUUACACAAUCCAUAAAUUCGACUAGCACAAAUACAUCUUACAAUGAGGUGGAUGGUGGUGAAGAUGAUGAAUGGGAAGACGUAGAUCAGUUAGAAUCAGAUCUGCACGAAUCAUUGAAGAUAACGGAUCAGUGA